AUGGUUGACUCUAAGAACAACGAUCUAUAUAAAGAUAAACAUGAUACAGAAACGAAUAGUUUUACUAUGACAUCAAUGAAAAGAGGUCCUGCAUCUAUAGUAUUUUCAGAUACUGUUAAUACGUAUGGAUGUAUACUGCCAGUUAUAUCUUUAUCUAUAGAUAUUCAGAAAAUUUUGCAUUAUCUUUUACCACUGCCAUCAGUGAUUCGGAAAUUUUACAAUUGCAAGUCUUUCAAAUUGGCCGAUUCGACUGUGAUUCCUGUGUUUUAUAUUCGAGAAAGGAUUUCUCAGUUUGCUCCUGAACACUGGUUAAAUACACGCACUUGCACACAUUAUCUUCGUAUAUCACCUUAUUCAAGACGCUUUUAUCCUAUUCAUGAUAUUAUAAUCUCUAGCCAAUGUGUUUUUAUGCCGCAAAAGCUAUUUCUUCGUUCUUCAGCUCGUUCUAUCUUUUUUAUUAUUAAAUAUUUGCCUCAUCCUCCUUCUUUUUCUGUUAUUCUCCAUUGGCUUUACACAAAUAAUACUCAUAAAUUAUACAGAAACAUUCUCCGGGCUAUUAAUAAGCACAAAACGCUUGAAUGGAUUAAAGGAUUUUCUUUAAAUAUUAGAUCUCUUGGUAUUGUUAAUCAAAAUCUCGUUGAUGCGAUUAAAGUCUCUAUUCUUGGUGCAGGAGGAGGUAUUGGUCAACCAUUAUCACUGUUGUUGAAAAUGAAUUCUCGGGUAUCAGAAUUGGCACUUUAUGAUAUCCGUGGUGCACCAGGUGUAGCAGCAGAUUGUAGCCAUAUUAAUACUCCAUGCAAGGUUUCAGGAUAUGGACCGGAGGAAAAUGGAUUAUUUAAGGCUUUAAGAGAUGCUGAUGUUGUUCUUGUUCCAGCAGGCGUUCCUCGGAAACCAGGCAUGACAAGAGAUGAUCUUUUUGUUACAAAUGCAUCAAUCGUUCGUGAUUUGGCAAAAUUUACAGCAGAUGUUGCACCAAAUGCACAUCUUCUUAUUAUUUCUAAUCCAGUUAAUUCUACAGUGCCUAUAUGUGCAGAAGUAUAUAAAAGAAAGGGUGUAUAUAACCCCAAAAAGCUUUUUGGUAUAACUACGUUAGAUGCAGUUCGUGCUUCUUGGUUUGUCUCAGAAAUGAAAAAUACAGAUCCAAGGGAUGAAAAUGUUGAUAUUGUUGGUGGGCAUUCUGGGGUUACAAUUGUCCCAUUAUUAUCAAAAGUCUCGCACAAUUUUACGGAUGAAGAGACUGAAACUUUAACGACUCGUAUACAGUUUGCAGGAGAUGAAGUUGUUAAAGCAAAAAAUGGUACGGGUAGUGCUACAUUGUCGAUGGCAUAUGCUGCUGCUCGUUUUACUAAUUCACUUUUGCGCGGUAUUCAAGGCGAAAGAGAUGUUAUUGAAUCAGCAUAUAUAGAAACAACGCUUUAUUUGAAUAAAGGAUGUCGUUUCUUUAGUAUGAAUGUUGGAUUAGGGCUCGAAGGAAUUGAAAAAGUAUAUCCUUUUGAGAAUACUUCUGCUUAUGAAAAAGAACUUCUUGAAGUUUGUUAUGUCGAACUUCAGAAAAAUAUUGAAAAAGGCAUUAAAUUUGUCGAAGAAACAUACUAA